CAGGAACCUGGUAGCUCUCCCUACCAUUAAAGAAGGGUGCAUUCUGUCGUUGCAGCUAUGAAGUGGAUGUUAAAUACUUCUAAGUGCAGUAAGGUGUCUUGAAACUAGUUUAUAUUCUGGUUGACAGAAUGCUAUACUGUUCCUUCUUGCCAGUGCUGCAUAGAUCUGAAAUCAAAAGUGAUAACCUGGUAUGAGCACUGUUUUAAAACGAAAGAGUACAAGUCCAGUUUCUAGGUUUUAGAGCUGCCUCAAAAAAUAAAUAAAUAGAUAUGGUUUGUGCUUGCUAAUUACAUUACCUGUUUGUUUUUCCUUCUGUAAAAAACUAUUUUUUUUAGUAAUGGAAAACUAGUAAGAAACAAGUCCAGCAUGUGUAGGGGCCCUUAACAGUAGAUAAGCCCAAGAAGGACUAAAAAAAAGGCAGUAACUUGUCUUAAUCUUUGUGAAACAAUUUGUUUUGUAAACACAAUUAGACUACUUUAGUUUCUCUCUGAAGUAGUGUCGUUGCUAAAACAUUUUAUUUUUUUUAGGAUUGGUUGUAUUUAUCUUGACAAGAAGAGAUACGUUUGGACUUAAGUGGGGGGCGGAAAAAUCCCUCAUGGAAACCAUGGUAACAGAUUCUCAUUUAAACAACAAGCAGUUAUGUCUUUUACAUUUGACUCUGUCACAGAGGAUUAUGAUUAUAGUACUGAUGUAGGUACUGACAUUGGCAACACUGGAUUUUGUGACAAGACGACCGUCAGAACGUUCCGCCAGUACUAUGUCCCAGCCUUGUACUGGAUUGUCUGUAUUCUUGGGGCAUUUGGGAACUUUUUAGUGGUGGGAAUUUAUGCCCACUUCAGGAACAGGUUGAAGACUAUGACAGACAUAUAUCUUUUAAACCUGGCAGUUGCAGAUCUGCUUUUCCUUUUCACUUUGCCUUUCUGGGCAGUCAGUGCAUCCGAAGGUUGGGUUUUUGGGUUGAUCAUGUGCAAACUAGUAACUUCAAUAUACAAGAUCAAUUUCUUCAGCUGCAUGCUUUUGCUCACUUGCAUCAGUGUUGAUAGAUACAUUGCCAUUGUCCAAGCAACAAAGGCUCAGAAGUUUAAAGUCGAACGACUUCUGUACAGCAAGAUGGUUUGUGUCUGUGUUUGGCUGCUUGCAGUACUUUUGUCUUUACCAGAGCUGAUUUUUGCUAAUCAAAAAACAGAUGAUAAUGAAGAUAUUACGUGUGAUAUGAUCUAUCCAAAAGAUGCAAGUAAAACCUUAAAGAUUUUUGUUUUGGCCAUUCAAGUUAGUGUAGGCUUUUGCCUUCCUUUGGCUGUAAUGCUAUUCUGUUACUCAGUGAUCGUCAAGACCCUGCUGCAGGCUCAAAAUUUUGAAAAACACAAGGCACUGAAGGUUAUAAUUACAGUGGUAACUGUUUUUGUCUUAUCUCAACUGCCGUACAAUGGCUUUUUAAUAGUAAAGACCAUAGAUGCAGCCAAUGCUACCAUUACUAACUGUGAAGUUGCUAAGAAGGUAGACAUUGCAUCCCAAGUAAUGCAGAGCUUAGCCUACAUGCACUGCUGCCUCAAUCCAUUCCUAUAUGCCUUUAUUGGGGUGCGGUUCAGAAAAGAUCUAAUCAGAAUUUGGAGGUCAUUAGGCAGUGUUAAUUUGAAAAAGGUAAACAAAUUCCAAUCUGGCACCAGUAGGUCAUCUGCAGUGUCUGAAAACGAAAUUACUGGGGCACUGUCAUUGUAAACCAGUAUUUGGUCAAAAUGUGUUGCUGUAUGAGAAAUACAGUUCACAUUACUAGGCUACUGUGAGUAAACUGAUUACGUGGGGAGAAGGAUAAGCUGCAGUGAUUUGAUGUCAUACCUACAAAAAGGUUACCUUUUAUACGUAAACAAUGGUGACAGUAUUAUUGGAUAUUCCCAGCUUAACUGAUCUGGAAUUGUGGGGGUUUUCAUAUGUAAACAUUUAUUACCCUAGCUGUCAAUAUUAAAACUGGGUACAAACCUCUUAACCUGUCAUUAAAAUUAAUUUAACAUCUUCACAAAAUGCAAAAGAUACAACAGUCUGUGUAGAGGCAAUCAUUUCUACUUCAGCACAUUUGUCAUUAACAUAGUUAUAAUGAGCAGCAUUAAUUGAUAUUGUAUAUAAAUAUUAUAUUAACAAUAUAUGUAGACGUGCGUUAAGGAAAUAAUGUCACAGUGAAUGUUUGCUGAUAUAACUUCCUACAGUAUUCUGCCAAUGUAUAUUAUCCUUGUAAAGUUGUAUUGUACAGUUUUAUUUUUUAUUUUUUUAUUAACACUUCAAUAUUAUUAAUUCUGUUACCUGUUUAUUUCUCUUUAUUGUGUAUUCAAACGGCAAUUUGUAAUUUUUUUUUUUUGUAAACAAAUGUUACUGCUGCCCUGGAACCUAUGUCAGGGUUGUUUAGCUUUCAGAUGCAUAUCAAUGAACUUUCUAGAGCAAAUGUGUGUAAAUACCGUUCCAAUAAAGAUGCAUACAACUUUGUAAA